UAUAGUCGUGCAGUUAAAUUGUGUGGGUAACCACCUGCGUGUACAUCUAUCUUUUUCUUUGUCGUCUGAAGUGGGUUAUUCCUCGGUUAAAUGGCGAUGUUGAAUGAACUUUACAGAGCAGCCGAGCCUGAGGCCUGCUAAUAUCGGGUUGAUUUCACGACCAAACAUCGGAUCACUUCUGUCGAGAUCGUAUCAGUUUACCUUUGCGUUCAAUAUGCGUUUUAUUUGUCAAAAUAUUGCUUUUAAUUAGUAUAAGAGACACCGAUCACACUAAACCCCAUAUAAAGUUACUUUGCAAGCGAACGACGAGACAGAUUUGAACGAUAUAUUAACCUUUAGUGCUGACUAGUUUCACUCAGUAUGGAGAGUUAUCGUCUGGUGCAUCUUUCUAUCGUAUUAUGGAUGAUUUUAAUGAAAAAGUUCAAGUUUGUUAUUUCGCUUGAAGUGCACAUUGGGUGUAACCAUCGCUCAACGGCGGCAUAUCUGUGCCCCCAAAUAUGUUUAGCUGUAAUUUACAGCUGUGUUCGGAUGUUUAUAAUGUUAUCAGAGCUGUAGUUAUUAUGAUUUGGCCCAUUUCCUUGAAUUGAACUUCGUGCACAAACAUGUGCGCUAACGUUGUCAGGUGUGGCUUCUCCCGUGUUAUAUGCAUAGAUUUUAUAUGCCUUUUUUCGAAUCAUACUGGUUCAUAAUUACUAAAAGAGUACCUCUUAUCUCAGGUGAUUGAACUGUAAGUCAGAUUUCGAUCUGACAUUAGAAAUGGAUGCACUGUGUAUAAAAAUGCCCAUUGCUGUUUGUGACAAUUUGUAUUCAGACGUCUGGUGGCCGCAGGCCCGAGUCUCUUUCAUUUUGCAUCAAAAUACUCCCGCUGAAACACUUGGUCACAAUGAAGGACUGGUUAACAUUUUGCAAAUGUUCAUUCUAUUUCUUAUAUUUAGUCAGGUUUAUUCUACUGCAUGACGUUUGAAUGGCUUAAUGACAACAUGAGAUCAGAAUGCAAAUCCCGGGUUACGUUUUCAUCAGGGCUAAUUAAAACAUUUAAAAAGGAAUGUAGUAAAUUUCCAUCCUUAAAACAACAGGGUUUUUUUUGUCAGGCAUCACCUAGUUGGUGUUUCCCAUGACAUCUUGGUUUCCAACUUGCCAAAAUGAUUUAAAAAAAAAAACAAGGCAUUAAAAACAAGCUCAGACAUGUUUAAAGUAGGCCUAUUAAAGGGGUCAUAUGACACUGCUGACACGAAUAUUAUCGUCUGUUUUAGAUGUAAUGCAAUGUGUAUACUAGGGCUGGGCGAUGUGUUAAAAAAUUUUUUAUCGAUAGUCGACUUUAAAAUCAUCGCGAUAUCCGAUAAUAUCGGGUGUGUUUGACUUCAUGCAACGUUACGCAGAUGAUAAAUCUGCGGAUACGGACCGGGAGGGAAUUCGUUCCUUCCUGUUUAUUUUGUCGAAGUGGUUUAAAUUAUAUUAAGGUUUGCCCUGCGGUAGGAAAAUCUGACAGGGUAGGACGAUUCGAACACCGGUACAGCCCCGCGAACGUGAGGUUUUGCUUUGCUGACGCAGCUCGUCUUUCUCUAGGUCUGCCUGUGCAGUGACCAGCAGAAAACAGCAGCACUUUCAACUGACCGAACAAAACAGCGUUUCCAAAAUUCUGUCACUGUUACUGACUGCCUGGGCAUAUGAACAUUAACGUUCACGCUAAAGCCUACAUCGCAUGAUAAUGUUAUAACGCAUAUUUUCCAUUAUUAUCGAUUAUCUGGUAUCUCUGUUGUAAUCAACAUCAGGAUAUUUGCGAGACAUCUGCGAUAUACGAUAACAUCGUCACAUCGCCCAGCCCUAGUGUAUACACAAUUUAAGGUUCAAAAACACUGUAUUUUCCACAUUCCGUGCAUGUUUGUAUGUCCUCUUUGGCCCGUCUCUCUGAGCAAUGAGGUUUGUAAAAAAUCUGCAUUUCAAAGUGAGGUGUUCUAUGAUUGGCCAGUUAACCAGUGCGUAGUGACUGGUCGAAUACUGCAAGCGUGUGUCGGAAAUGUAACACCUCUUACCAUAUUUGGAACAUCAGUUUCCAAAGCAAUUGUACUGACAGGUACACCGACCUUACUUACGUAUACAUUUGGGCGGUCUUCGUCAAAUCAUACCACGAACUGAUGUAGGUUUGUGGUGGUAUGGGUACACAAAGCGUUUCAGCCAGGUCUGGGUGAGCAAUCGCUUUUAGAUAUGCAUCUUUAAUUUUUGCAAUUUUAAUGCGUCUAAUACAUGCAUGGGCAACUUAUAACACACCAAAGACACAGAAAAACACGUAUUCAUGCCAUAUGACCCCUUUCAUUUUUUUCUGAAUUUUUUUUGAAUAAUUUUUCAUAAGACCUUAAAAUCUCAUACCUUUUCAGACUGUUAAUGUCAAUACCAUAGCACGUUUUGCUAAAAAGAAAGCCAUGCCUAAGCACACAUUUAUUUUUUAUCAUACCCAAUUAGACAUUUUACACAAUUUGUUUGUCAUUAUUUUUUGUCUUAAUGAGUUUAUUUUUGUGUUACUGAGUUAUAUUUCUUUAAGUCAUUACUGCCAUUAUGUUUCAGUGAUUUCGUGAGAAUUACCCAGUUAUGUUAAUAGUUCUAAAAUCGUAAUAACAUAAUUUUAAUGUUAAUGUAAUAAAGGUAAGGACCAUAUUAUGAUAUGAAUGCUUUAAUGUCCCCUCCCCUUCUUUAUAAACAUCAUGUCGUUUAUAGGUGUAUUAUAAUAAAGACAAUAAUAAACAGCAUAACUUUGUUUUAAUGCUUGUGAAAAUAGUGACCACUGUUUGCUUUAAAACAGGUUUAGUGCAGUUUUUUUACCAAAUUAGUGUGUGUUUGUUGAUAGGGAUGGACAACAGCACGAGCUGCAAAGUCUUAUUUACAAAAAUUGCUUUGAUUGAUUAUUAACAUGCGACCAGCACUUGGAAUUUUUUGGUCACAGUUGUCAGUGGAUUAAUUGGCUGGUAGGGCUGGGCGAUGUGUUAAAAAAUUUUUUAUCGAUUAUUGACUUUAAAAUCAUUGCGAUAUCUGAUAAUAUCGGGUGUGUUCAACUUCAUGCAACGUUGCGCAGGCGAUCAAUCUGCAGAUACGGACCGGGAGGGAAUUCGUUCCGGACCCACCAAGUGCCAAACAAACACACACACGCAGGCAGGCACGCAAACAUGCACACACAAACACAGAUGCACCAUGCGCACAAACCAGUGUUGCAGUGACUUCUUUCAUCAGGUAAAGCGCGUAGAUAAACCAUUGCUUUCAUGCAGUAUAAAAUGUUGCAGGUGUCCUGAAAUUUCAUCCUACCCGUCAGAUUAUCCUACCAGGCAUGCGCACAUCAAUGUUACGUCAUAACCUUUUUUUUUCGCUAUAAAAUCAUCCUACCUGUUUAUUUUAUACUGCUACGGGAAUAUGAUAGUGUAUUUUCGUUGUUAAAUCAUUCUACAUAUUAUUUAAUACCUAUAGCACAAUUUGAUUGGGUGUUGCGCUGUAAAUUAAUCCUACAUGUUUCUUUUAUGCUGGUAGGAUAAUCUGACAGGGUAUUUACGCUGUAAAUUUAUUUUGUGUUUAUUUUAAGAUGGUAGGACUAUCUGACAGGGUAUUUUGCAUUGUACAAUCAUCCUACCUGUUUAUUUUGUCGAUGUGGUUUAGAUUAUAUUAAGUUUUGCCCUGACAGGGUAGGACAAUUCGAACACCGGUACAGCCCUGCGAGCGUAAGGUUUUGCUUUGCCGACGCAGCUCGUCUUUCUCUUGGUCUAUCUGUGCAGCGACUGGCAGAAAACAGUAGCACAUUCAACUGACCGAACAAAACAGCGUUUCCAAAAUUCUGUCACUGUUACUGACUGCCUGGGCAUAUGAACAUUAACGUUCACGCUAAAGCCUACAUUGCAUGAUAAUGUUAUAACGCGUAUUUUCCAUUAUUAUCAAUUAUCGUCUGGUAUCUAUCUGUUGUAAUCGACAUCGGGAUAUUUGCAAGACAUCAGCGAUGUGACGAUGUUAUCAUAUAUCGCCCAGCCCUACUGUCUGGUACAUCAUUUUGUCCUGUAUUGAGGCUAUUUGUCCCUCUCUGCUCACAUUCAGUUUUCAGACAAAUUUCUUGUACAAGCUAAAAUAAUGAGAAAGAUGUAUGCAUGUGUGUGAAGGUAUGCCUAAACUGUGAUAUUUUCCGCUGUCUGUCUUGUCCUGUUUGCUUGCUGUUUUUCUUCUUCAGCAAAGACAUGGAAUGCUGUUUAAAUCCCAUGGGGCUCAGGAGGAUUUUGAAGCUGGAGAUUUAAAUGUGUGAACAAAGGAGAAAUUGGUUGCAACCAUUUGCCAUUAAUGUGUCAAGACGUGAAACAACAAGCCCAGUAACCCUUUUUGUGUGUGUUUUUCCCCCUAAUUUUUUCAGCUUUGCAUUGUUCUUGGAAAGUUGUGUGCCCCCGGUUGCAAAUUGCCUGAACCAUUUUGGGAGUCCACCGCUCUUGGACCCAGUCUCCCUCCAGCUAGCACAGAUAAAGACUCAGUUGGCACUGCACCAGCUGAAUGCGUUUGCUGGCAGAAGCGUAACUCCCCCAGCAAUUGUCUCGCCUUCUUUGACCUUGCUCAACUUUCUUAAGGUCACCAUGUCCCAUCCAAGAUAUAAUCACCGUGGUGGACAGUUUCCUGUUGAUCAGAGACCCGUCGUGCCUGGCCAGUAUGGUCCGGGGUCACAGCCUGGAUUAGUGCCGGGAUCAGGCCGUCAUGGUCCGGGAUCUAUGUCUAAUUCUCGUGGGGGUUUGAUGGGUAACCAGCAGAUGCCCAUCUCUUUGGGACGUCAGUCACAGAUUUCUCCAGAUCUUGAAGCUUCCAUAGACAGAAACCUUCGGGGAGCCCGUGAGGAAGUUCGCCUUCUUGCUCAAAUGUUGCAGCAGCCCAAAUCGGCAGACCCCCGAAUGAAAAAGGACAUGAGGGAUAAAGUGCUUCCAUCAGGAGGAAGUGGUUUUGCAGGGACUUCGAGAUCUGAUGAUGUGGACUGGUCCAGGUACCAGGCACCUAGCAAGCUCUUAUCCUCCUCAAGCAUGGAUUGUUCUCAGAGUUCCUCUCAGAUGUUCCAGUUGUCAGGCUUUGGUGGCAAUGUGGGAUCUAGGAUUUCGGGUACCCAACCACCACCAGGACAACAGCCUUUACGCUACACCUCAGAAAGUGCCAGCAGCAUCCUAGCAAGCUUUGGACUCUCAAAUGAGGACCUCGAGCUUCUAAGCCACUAUCCAGAUGAUCAGCUGACUCCUGACAACCUACCAUUCAUUUUACGAGACAUCCGUAUGCGUAAAGUGAAGAGGAAUGUUAAUGCAAGAUCUGAACUCAUAGACUCUGACCCUCGACAAGUCAUUGACUAUGGACAUUCUAGUAAAUUUGGUUAUCCUGAGGAGGGCCCAGAUGGGUUUGCAAGUGAGCAUCUACCUGAAGAGUCACCUAAGUUUGUGAGAGAAGUCCCUGCCCCCAUCUUUAGUGGCAUUGGUGUAAAAAAACGUCCUCAGCCAUGUCAAGCUGCUUCAGGCACUGCGCAAGUUUCAAGUCUUCAGAAGCCUCUGGCAAUGGACUCAAGACCCACUAAGACGAUUCCAGGAAGACCAGCUGUUUCCCAGGCUGUUCUACCACCUUCACAGAUUCCACCUCUGCUUGGUGUUCCUUCUACAAUGAACGCUGAUAAUAUCUCCAGACCGCCAACUGCUAACUGGAUUCCAUUCAUUCCACCCCCAGUCAGCGCGACCAUCACCAAGCGGCUCCCGACUCCAACCAUGAUGAAUGAUUACUCUGCAGCGACUCCGAGAAUCUUUCCUCAUACAUGCUCUCUAUGUAACAUUGAAUGUGUCCAGAUUAAGGACUGGAUUGAACAUCAGAACACAAAUUUACACAUUGAGAGUUGUAGGCUUCUAAGGAAACAAUACCCUGACUGGAAUGCUGAAGCUGUGCCUGUUUCAAGACCUGAUCCCAAAUCGGAACACAGCAGCUCCAAACGUCACACCCGAUCUCACUCGUACUCCAGAUCCCCUAGCCCAAAGCGGCGCCAUGACUCAAGUCGUCGGAGACGUUCACAUUCUCGUUCGCGAUCCAGGAGCCCCAGGAGGUACCGGCGUUCCAGCCGGUCUCUGUCUCCCCAUAGGAGCAGGUCUCGCUCCCCCCGUAGGAAGACUCGAGUCAGCCCUUACAGACGGAGGUCCCGUACUCCACCUUACCAACGGUCAAGGUCUCCAAAUUACAACAGCAGGCGUUCUCCUGGACGCCGCUCAAGCCCCCACCGGCAGCAGAGAUCGAGUAGUAGUGAACGGCUGGCCAAAAAACUCAUCAUGUCAUCAGCUGACCUCUCAUCAAUUACAGAUAGUAAAACCUUGAAGGCUGUGGUAGAGUCCUUAGCACCAGCCCUACUGGCUGAACUAGCAAAGAAGAAAAGUAGUUCCACUGCUUCCUCUUCAAAGGGUGCAAGCAGCAGUAGCAAACAGCCUUUGUCUCCUAAGAGAAGCGAAUCUUCCUCGUCUAGCAAAACCCUCACUCAGAAGACUACUACAUAUUCAGAGACUACAUCCAAGGGUGCUCCAGGCACGUCCUGUUUGCUAAGGAUCAAAGGAGUUCCUUCACGCACCACCAGCAAAGAACUGACUGAUGCCAUUGAACCUUAUGGCAAGAUUCAUACUGCCAUCCUCCUUAAGGCAAUAAAUCAGGCCUCGGUGUGUAUGGAGAGAGAGGAGGAUGCCAGAGUUUUGCUCAGGUGUAAAAACAUGAGAAUUCAUGGGCAGUUGGUCAGCAUUUACAUGGAGAAAGAUUCCGAACAUGACCAAAAGAAAUAUGUUAAGACUGAAAAAACUGACAAAAAAGAUAUUCCAUUUAAGUCGGCCCAUUCAGCUAAAGCAAAAGAGUCUACAAAUGCCAAGACACCUCAAGCAACCAAGGGAAAACCGAGUGACCCCAAAAAAACAGUUCAAAUGGUUAAAACUAAACCUGCUGCUAAACCCCCUGCCAAGGGAUCAGAAACUGCUGUUGUCAAGAAGGUCAUAAAGAAGGAAAUCCCUUGGAGAAAAAACAUAAUUGAGAUCACCGAUCUUCCAGAGAAAGGGUUUACUGAGGAUGACCUUACAAAUCUUGCCAAACCAUUUGGCCUAACUUCUACUCCUGUAAUUGCAAUCACUCAGAAAAGGGCUUACCUGCAAAUGCCUGACAUGAGUGCAGCUGAAGCAAUGGUGAAAGCUUUCGCUGAGACCCCAGCUAAAGUGCAAGAGAAAGAAAUAAACAUCAAGAUGAUGACGCGUCCAAUUGACCUGAACUACACUGAGUCACUAUUCAGAGUACUGGUGGGCAUGGAGAAGUCACCUGAAAUUGUCACAUUACCAGAACGUCUUCUCAUCGUCGGUAAUGUGCCAAAAACUCUUGAGGCAGUCAAGGAAGUGGAGACCCUAAUCCAGAAAAAUGGUGCUUACAAGAAGGUUUUGCAUCUGAAUGGCAGGAUCAUUUUUGAAAUGGAGAGUGCCACUAUCGCUAGGAACGUCUACAUUCGCUUUCUCAAGAAUCCUUGUACGGUCCAGAACAAUUCCCUCACCUUCCAAAUGGCCAAACCUCUUAAGCUGAAAAAGAAGCCAGAUCCGAAGGGAUCACCACCCGUUAAGUCAGCUAAAGGAAAAAUUAUUGUCUUUAAGGCUAAAAAGACAGUGCCUGCAGCAACAUCUGUUUCUACUGCUUCUCCAGCGAAUAGUGCUGCUGCUUCAAAAGCAAACCCGACAGUCAGCACAGCUAAUGCCCAGAACAAAAAAACUCCAGCUCCCCCUAUUAAAAUAGACAAAGCCAUCUUAAAUGAUUCAGUUAUGCCUAAAAAAGAGGAAGUCGUUGUCAAAAGCACAAGUGAUGAAGCAAAAUUGGAUGCUGCUGCUGUUGAAAAUACGGAUCCCAGUGACGUCAAAGGUAAUAUGUCUGCUAAUGCAAAAACAACUAAUCCUGAAAGUAAAGCAGAUGGCAGCUUAAAUGUUACCCAAACUGAAAAGAAAACCCCAGAGGACGAGUCCAGGGCGGUGGCGCCAGAGGACGAGUCCAAGGCGGUGGCGCCAGAGGACGAGUCCAAGGCGGUGGCGCCAGAGGACGAGUCCAAGGCGGUGGCGCCAGAGGACGAGUCCAAGGCGGUGGCGCCAGAGGACGAGUCCAAGGCGGUGGCGCCAGAGGACGAGUCCAAGGCGGUGGCGCCAGAGUGUAUAAAAACAGAAUCCUCAGGUCCCACUGGGGAAUCUACAGUAUCGAUCAAGUCUGUUGAAGCAAAGCCUGAACUUGGAUUCUCUGUUCCCUCUUUGGAAUCUGCCAUUGCAGAUGAGUCUGUGAUGACAGAGCUUGAUUUAGCAUCAUCAGCUCCUACCGAUAAUACUGCAACUGCAAUUACUGCAAAUCAAUCGAGCAAUUCAAUCAUAAAUGGUCAAGAGAUCCAAAUAUCUGAAGGUGUUUCUAUAGAAUUAGGUCUUAAAUCUGUGUACAACAGUGAUGUUUAUCAUGAAAAGUUAGCGGAAAACAGUAAUGUUGAGUUAAUGUCAGAUAUGGAGGUUGGUGCUUCUGCUAGUAGUGAAGCAACUGCAUUAGAGGCCAUGGAGACCCAGAGUCCAGGAGAGUCAGAAGUACAGGAGAUGAAGACUGAGAAUCAGGAGCAAGUGAGUGACUUGAAACCAUCGGAACCUUUUGAGACCGACAUUAAAUCUCAAUCAGGUGACCAAAGCCCUGUUCUUGAGAAGAAUGUUGUCUCUGAAGUUGCACUAGAAUCAGACUCAACAGGUGCUGAUUCUGCUUUUGCCUUACCUUCUCCUGACCAAAAUGUCAGCGAUUCAGCUAUCAAAGUUCUAUCUUCAUCAAACAAUUCCCCAACAGUGCCUGGGGCCUUUGACGACACAAUGUUGGAGUUUCCUCCUGUUACGCAGGAGAUUUUGAAAGCUCUUGAAUUAGCAGUUCAUCAGUGUCGCUUGCAGUCUUCAUUGAGACGUGCAGAAGAGGAAGCCAAACAAAAAGCAGAAAGUGAGAAAAAAGCUGCAGAAAAAACAUCCAGCAAGGUCUCAUCAAGCUCCAGGAAACCCUCUUCUUCAUCGGAGAAAUCUGCUCAAGCAGUCAAAAGAACCACCAGAGCUGAUAACAAAAAAGUGCAGUCUGAAAAAGAGAAGUUGUCUCAGAAUUCGGGAUCCAGAGGCAAGCAUGUCAGUAGCUCUUCUCCAGAGACUGAGGCAGCUUCUAGGCACAGAAGCAGGGGAAACUCUGAUGAAGAUGCCCCAUCUGCCAGGCGCGGAGGGUCUUUGGGGUCAUCCUCUCGGAAAAGCAGACAAGAAUCCCCACCAUCAAAGAGACCAAGGGGGCAUGACGAUGAUCGCAGGAGUCACAACAAAAGCUCUCAGCCUUCAAAAUGUCACUCAAAAACAAGGACAAUCAAAGAGGCAAAAGAGGAUGAAAAGAAAAUGUCUGAUGAAACAUUUCCCUUUGACUUUGAUGAAUUUGUGACGGUUGAUGAAGUAGGAGAUGAAGAGACUGUAGCCUCGAGCUUGGAACCUUUAACCAAGGAUGAUAAAUCUGAGGAGGAAUCUAGUCCCCUCUCUACCACCUCUUCCAUUGCAAAAUCACCUACAGCAAAUAACUCGCAACAAAAGCGAGUGUCCAGAUCUAUAACUAACAAGACCAAGCCUUUUGAAAUAGAGAACCCUGUUAUUGACUCUGCACAGAAAAUAAAAACCGAGGCUGAAGAAACCAAACAAGUUGCAGAGCCUGUGAUUUCUCAAACACAUCAAGAGUGUGAACCUCAGGAAGAGAGUAUAGAUAAUCAGAUUAAAACAGUUGGGAUGGAAACUCCUGUUGUUCAGGGUGAGACAACCGAGCCUUAUACUGGAACAGACGCUUCAGCAGAGAUUGGAUUCAAUGUUUAUAUAGAGCCCUUGAAAGAAAGCAUUGAGGUUGGGCCCUCAGAUCAACUAGAGCAAAGUCGGUCUGUUUCUUCCUCCUCUCCCCAGAUUGAAAGUGGCCUGACAAAUUCUGACGAAAUGUCAAAUGGCCAUGCAAAGCAGUCUGAGCCCCCUGCUGCCGACACUGAGGAUAAAGAUGAGGUGACUGUAAUCUCUGAACUUGCCUCCCAUGGGGCAAUGGUGACUCUUGAUGAAAUCUGUGAGGGUGAGGAAGAAGAACUUGGUCAAGCAGAUGAGGAACAGCAGUUGAAGCCUGAUGAUGUGCCUGAAACACUUUUGACUGUUGAUGAGUUUGUUGGAGAUGAUGAAACCGGGGUUGAUGAAUACCCAAUGGACAAAGAACUUCAAGGGCUUGUCACGCUUGAUGAGAUUGUUGAAGAGGAGGAGGAAGAGUUUGAUUCCUUUAAUCCUGAGACACUGGUCACACUCGAUGAGGCCAAAGGCGAUGAUGAAGAGAUUGAGGAAGUGGAUCAAAGGAAGGUCAAGCCUACCAGCUCCAACAUCAUCACUUCCCCCAGACCAGAAGAGCACGUGGAAUCAGUCCAGCAAGAAGAGGAAGCCUGUGACUUAGAUGAGCUCCGUAAGAUGAACUUUGUAACUGUGGAUGAAGUAGGGGAGGAGGAAGAGAAACAACAACCCAGUGAAGAAGUCAAGGAAAAAGAAGUAAAAAAGAGACUUACAAGGGCCAAAAAGAGAGCCCGCCAAACCCCAGUGAGGAGAUCCACACGGGGUAAAAGAGGGGUGACACCAAGUGACAAAGAGGCAGAUGAGCCUGAGAUAAGUACAGAAGGUGACCAAGUAACAACUUCCAUACAAGAAAGUCUUACUGUAGACCCCGUUGACGUUAAACCAGAGUCCCAGAAAGCUGAAAUUGUGAGUGCUCCAGAUGCAUCAAGCACAGAACCCGUCUCCUCAGGGACAGAUGAUGAGCAUUCAAGAAGCAAAGAUGACAACAUCACAAAACCCGAAAGAGCUCUUAUUGAAACACCCAUCGCUGACAAAAACGCAUCACCCAAAGAAGAGUCCAAAACAAGAUGGGAAACGGAGCCAAGCCAGGAACCCGAGGCCACGAAAAUUCGGUCUCAUUCCCCUGUGAUUGAAGACUUCACCUUGCCCCCAUUUAUCCCAAACAACCCCAUUGGAGUUGACUUUGUGGUACCAAAGACGGGUUUCUUCUGCAGACUCUGCUCGCUGUUCUAUGGCAACGAAGAAACUGCCAAGAACACUCACUGUAGUAGUCUACGGCAUUACCAGAACAUGGAGAAAUAUUAUAAGAAGCUUAAGACUCAGCAGCAGGGUGGCAGCUCAACACAGAUGACAUCCAGUCAGAGUUCUGCAUCCGAAUAACCCAUGAAAACUUUUUUUGUAUUAAUGUUAUUAAAUGGGUCCAUUUUUGUUGUUUUAUUGAUUUUUCUAGUUUAGAAUGAUAUACACUAGCUCGUACUAAAUAAAGAGAAUGCAUUACAUAUCAAGCUACAUAGACAGACACACAUCUGUAUGUCUAAAAGCUCAAAAAUGUUACCUUUGUAAGAAUAAAAAAAUGAGCUAUUACAGUAUUUUCUUGUUUAGCUUUGGUUUCAAUUAAAAAUAAAUUUCUUCCUGAUCUAA